AUGAACAGGGACGAGAUGGGGACCCUGGACGUUAGUCUAGGCUGCCUCGAGGCCUAUGUCGACUCCAUCGUGGGCCACUUCAGGCAUAUCGUUGUCCGCGACAUGCAUGGGUUCGGCGGCGUCGUUCCCUCCUGUAUUUUUCCGCAGGUGUUUGACAAAGUAAAGCAGCGGUUCGAAGUCGCUGGCAAGGGCGUGAUCGGCCAAUACUACGAAAAGUUAAAUCCCGACCAAGGCUUCGGCUUCAGAACCACGGUCUUCGCGGCUGUGAGCUUCAUCGACAAGGUCAGCUUUAACGAGCACCUCGAUCGAAACGACCAAGAUAACACGACGCCAUUCAUACUCCAAAGACGUCUCUACAAGCCUUGA